UGACCGGCUCUUCAAUCAACACCAGCUAGCCUUCAAGCAAAUCUCCCCAUUUCUCAUCCUCAAACCCCGGCAUCACACAGUGAAACAAAUCAGUAUACACGGAAGCCUCACCACAAGCCAAGCGCAUAUGACGUUGUAUACAAGGGCCCUCCUCCACAACAUCAGCCAACGAGCUCUCACGCGGAGCAAAACUCCGUUGUCCGCUCCACAUAUCUCAUCCGCCGAAUAUCUUUAUCGAUCGAUUUCGCCUUGAACAGAGUCAUUGUACAGUGAUUUCUUCAACAGACACGAUGUAGAUAGUAUUGAUGAUGGCUGGAUCUCGUGCGACGUGCACAGAGUGAUGUCAUGGCGACGAUGAAGAUGUUGACAUCAUACAUGUGUAGAUGCGGCAUCACGAUGCUUUAUAUGUAGCCUUACAGCGUGUAAGACAUGACUUUCAUCCUCUUCAUUCUCAUAACUCUUCUGUGAUCAUACACAAAGAUCCUACAAAGGCUUAAUUGAAUACCCAUCUUCAAACACCUCAAACAACACAAUCAUCAUGUCUAUGAACCCCGAGUCUGCUACUCCCCAACAGGGUGAGUUCCGAAGCAAGGUCGCUCCCUCUGAGCCCCUCACAACCAAGGGCCACAAGCCCGGAGUUCUCGUUGGCAACGACGCUGUCCCCGAGUUCCACGCCGAGCAACAUCCCGCCGGCACAGCUCCCCCCGAGAAUACCUUCCAGCCCAACCCCGAGACCGAAAUCCCCGCCCAAGCCCCCGGUGCCUCGGGCGCCGUAUCUGCCUCCGCGACUCUCGGGGGUGCCACGUCCGCUGAUGUGCACACCGGUCUAGGAAAGCCUGCCGCUGGGCAGACUAGCCAGGAGCUCCACGGUCGGGAGAAGAAGGAUCGUUCUGGUCUUACGGGUGUUGGUGCGAACCCCUCUGAUCCUAUCCAUGAUAUGGGUGCGGACCGGGAUCAUCCUACGAACUAUCGUGGAAAGGGUGGUGAGAACGCGGUGGAUUAUGCGGGUGCGGAGGAUAGAGAACCUGUUAAGGCUGAGCAGGUUGCGAGUGAGCGCGCUUAAAUGUCUGCUGUGCGGACGGGAUGGAGCGAUGUGUAUUAUUAGCCAUGAUGGCUUAAUGAGUUAAUGUCAAUGAUAUGAACCAACGACAUGUAUCGGCCGUUCCAUGUGAUAUGCAAUGUGAGGUCAAUGGACGGUAGAGGUAUACUGUGGUAGGAUCGGUUGAGGUUCACCCAAGACCCAACGGCAAUGCGAGGAGUGAUUGGCAGAAUGGCAGAUGUCUCGCGUUCGUAUAAGCUGCAUCAAUGCCGGUAGAUCUGCAGGACUUUGUCAUCUUUAGCUCCGGCUGUAAUCGGGCAUGUCAGCAACACGGGUCUAACAUCAGCAACCGUCGAAGAGUCCUGGGUUGUCGUGCCGCACAUGGCGAAAAGGCGACACAAAGUGACUUGACCGAAGACUUGACGGACAACCAUCAAGGUAAUGCAGUGUACACUUGGGCAUCAAUAAGCGCCAUUUGCUUCAAGAUAGUGGCAAUGGUUCACUGCAAUGCAAUGCAACCCAUCGAGGCAUAAUCGUCCAGCCUUGAACCCUCAGCCCUAUGCAACACAACGGUCUGCAUCUUGAAGAAUGCCUCGCGAUGCGCCUUUUAAUUAUAGGAUCAAGCGUUGAAACAUGGAUGUCGCCAUGAUCGUCGAAACCCCUCGAUUUGGGAUGAACUCAAUCCUCCUCCCGGUCUCGGCAGUGCGACUUUGAACUUGACAUCCCUGCUGAAGCGCCUCCAACGGUCCCUGGAUCUCCCCACCCGUGAGGGGAAGUUGGAC